ACUGCAACAGCGCCACUCUUAGGCAAAACAAACAUGGAGGGUAUAGGAGUACGUCAGCGCCUAAAAGAAGAGAAAAUUGAUGAAACUGCAACACCCCAUCAACUAAAUGAAACUAAUAUCCUCGACUUUAACAAAUUACCAAAUAUCGACAACUGUCACCUAAAAACAGGAAAAGAUGAGAAAUUCGAAACCAUGACUGAAUAUGCCACUGCUCUGCAAAAAUGGAUGGUUCAAUAUAGUGCCUGGUGCAUGUUUCAGUCAAUUGCUCUAGCUCCAAACACUAAUACAUCAAAUAGAGAACAGAAGGCAACUAGUCAAUCGCAAACUCAACCUAACCAGAGCCAACCGGAGCAGCCACCAACAAUUCAAGAAAGAGAGUUUCUUGUUCCGUCAUUAUGGAAACGAGUGACUGCUGAAUUCAUUGACUUUUUGUUACUUUUUAUCGUUAAGCUGACAGUGACAAUGUACAUUGUAGAGCAACUGGAAUUAGUCAAUCUAGAUAAUCUUGAUCUGGAUACUAUACUAAAUGAUAAACUAGAUUAUGACAAGGCAGUUAACAUGACUUGGGAAUUGGUCGCAAUUGAACUAAUUAAUAGAAUAUUCAUAAGUAUUUUCGAGACAUUAUGUUUGAGAAAAGGUAUUAUUGAAAUGGGUGGAGCCACACCAGGUAAAAGAAUGAUGGGUUUAGUAGUUGUGUCAUGUGAUAGUGCAAUAGCUGUUAAUAAUAAUGUUAUUAGGGUAAGACCAGCUAGUGAUAUUGGCUUUAAAAAGUAA